UUUCUCCAGAGCACAUUUGCUCCCUACAGAACGCGAUCACAAUCCUAUCAACUCCUGGUCCACCAGGGGGAGCACUUCACCAGCACAAAACAAACCUUCCCCAAAGGAAGUCACCGAAGGCGCCGCUUCCUCUCAACUCACGCAGCUUGACGACGACCCGGAUUUUUAUCGGUUCUCCGAGCUGUGGCACUCACAUACCUAACACUGAUUUCCCACGUCCAGCCUCAUGCUGGAAAUAACUUCGUCCCUGCUUCCACACCGGCUUUCUGUGGGCCAGACCGGCAGAUGGAUCAAACUACUGAUUCUGUACGUAUUCAAGCGCAGGAGUGAAAUCAGGCACCCGAUCGUUAAUGUGGCGUGUAAGUGCGCGUGUGUUUGUGAGAGGGAAACAGACGACACACUCCCACAGGUCCUGAAGCCAGGCAUCUACCACCGCUUGCUGAUUCUACCAGGCCCUUCGGCAAGGCCUUUGGCCGGAGCCCUGUGGCUGGGAAGGAAAACAGCUGUCAGAGAAAGGACCAGUGUUGAUGGUAAGCCGUCUGUGCACAAGCUCAGACUUCACCCCCAGCCUGUCCAAACAAAACAGCUGUGGGCUCAGCGGACCUGUGUACGGAUCGAAACCCCCAAACCUGCUGAGAAAAAAAAGAGCAUCACAAUAGUCUUCCAAUGGCUUCAAAAUUCAUGGAAGGCAUCGUCCUUGGGGAACCAAGUUUUACUUUUCCUAAGGGCUUGUUCCUUGGGCUCCUUAUCCUCAGCCUCCUUCCAGGCCCUUCUGUGUCUUCCUCUGCUAAUAGCCUCCCUGCCGCGGAAGGUGCGGGCUCUGGGAUCCACGGCUUUGGCGUCACGUGGGAAUUGGUUGGCAAUGCAGAACUUCAGGCCAUAUCCCAGACCCCCCCUGAGUCAGCAUCUGCCUUUUCACAAAACCCCUUGGGGUUUGGAGUGGUUCAAGUGCGUCCCUACCCAGUCUCAAGGAUGA